AUGGCCGCAUCGUCGUCCUCUGCCAGAUUAUCUCCCUCCACGCAUCAGAGACAUGCGUCCACUAGAGCAUCAUCACCGGCAGCAGCGAAUGCCGCCGCACCUUCGCCACCGUCGCCCUCCAAGUCGUCCGCUUCCUCUCCCUCACACCAGAUCCCCUUCGACCGCCUCGAGCCACGCACCUUCUCCAUCAUCUCUCACGUGGAUCACGGCAAGUCGACGCUGGCAGACCGCCUCCUCGAGCUCACCGGCACCAUAUCCAAGGACGAUGCCAACAAGCAGGUCCUCGACAAGCUCAAGGUCGAGCGCGAACGCGGCAUCACCGUAAAGUCCCAGGCCGUCAGCAUGGUCUACCACUACGAUGGCCCGCGCGACGGUCAGGUCGGUCCCAAGCCGGGCAAGUACCUCCUCAACCUCAUCGACUGCCCCGGCCACGUCGACUUCUCCUACGAGGUCAGCCGCAGCCUCAGCGCGUGCCAGAGCGCCUUGCUCGUCGUCGACGCAACCCAGGGCGUGCAGGCGCAGUCCAUCACCGUCUUUGAGCUGGCGAGGCAGCGGGACCUGCUCAUCGUCCCCGUGCUCAAUAAGAGCGACCUGCCCGCUGCCGACCCGGAACGCUGCGUCCUGCAGAUGGAGGAGGUCCUCGGCCUCGACACGACGAUGCCCGGCCAGGAGCCGCUGCUGAUCUCGGCCAAGACGGGACAGGGCGUCGACGAAGUGCUUCGCGCGCUCGUAGAACGGACACUCGCACCCGAUGGCACCGAGGACGGCCAGCUGGAAGGGCGCGAGGGCCCUGGCUUCCGCGCGCUCGUCUUUGACAGUUGGUACGAUCAGUACCGCGGCGUCGUCUCGCUCGUCUCGAUCGCCGAUGGCGCAGUCAAAAAGGGCGACCGCAUCACAUCGAGCCAUACAGGCAAGAAGUACGAGGUGCUCAGUCUCGGCGUCAACCACCCGGAGAUGGUGCCCACAGAGGUGCUGCGCAAGGGACAGGUCGGCUGGAUUAUUGCCAAUAUGAAGGACAUGGGCGAGGCGCUCAUCGGCGACACGUUCCACCUGGCGCACGAAAAGGUCGAGCCGCUCGAGGGCUUUGCACCGACGGUGCCAAUGGUCUAUGCCGGCAUCUUCCCAGUCGAGACGACCGACUUUCUCAAGCUCGAGGAGGCAAUCAACCGACUGGCGCUCAACGACCGUUCCGUCACGGUGCAGCGCGAGUCGUCGAUGGCCCUCGGCCAAGGUUGUCGGCUGGGCUUCCUCGGACUCCUCCACCUCGACGUCUUCCGGCAGCGGCUCGAGGACGAGUAUGGCCACGCCAUCCUCGUCACGUCGCCGUCGGUGCCAUACCGCGUGCAGUGGAAGGACCCGUCGCGCGGAGAGGAGAUUAUCUCGAACCCCAUCGACUUCCCCGAGGAUGCGGAUCGCAAGUCCAAGGUCGUCGAGCUGUCCGAACCCAUGGUGCUCGGCACCGUGCGCUGUCCAGAGGUGUAUACGGGCGAGAUCAUGAGCCUCUGCUCGGAGCACCGCGGCGAGCAGCUCGACUUCCAGAUGGUCGAGUUCAGCAACACGCGCAAGGACGGCGGCGCAAAGGAAGGCCUGAAGCAGGUCGAGAUCAAGUACCGUCUGCCGCUCGGCGAGAUUGUGAGCGACUUUUUCGACAAGCUCAAGUCGCGCUCGUCGGGCUUUGCCAACUUUGACUACGUCGAGGACGGCUAUGCCGAGUCGGAUCUGGUCAAGCUGCAGUUCUGGGUGAGCGGCGCGCCCGUCGACGCGCUCGCCAUGGUGCUGCACCGCUCCAAGGCCAUCUCGACGGCGCGAAGCUGGGUCAAGAAACUCAAGGAGGUCGUGCCGCGCCAGCAGUUUGAGGUCAGCAUCCAGGCCGGCUUCGGAGGCAGCAAGGUGCUGGCGCGCGAGACGCUCAGCGCCUACCGCAAGGACGUCACCGCCGGACUGUACGGCGGUCACUACGAGCGCAAGCUCAAGCACCUCAACAAGCAAAAGGAGGGCAAGAAGCGGCUAAAGACGAUGGGAUUCGGCAAGGUGCAGAUCCCGACUGAAAAGUUCUUGCAAGUGCUCGAUACAAGGGCCAAGUCGUCCAAGUAG